UUCCGGUGAAAUGGUAGCUGUCAGUUUUGCAGACCAUCAUCAUGGAUGAAAAGCGGACAAUAUGUUGAUAUUUGCAAUAUAUAUGUCCAGUGACGAUGUCUGAUGUUGUGGAGAAGACUUUGGCAUCUAUUCCAAAAUUUCUUGGGGGAGGAUUUCUCGGAGUAGGGCAACCUUCUUCACCAAAACAUGCCUCUGUCCGAGGUUUCAGCAACUUUCUACGACAGUUAAACAGAGUGCGAUCGAGAAAUGAAGAGGAGCACAUUAUACGACAUGAAAUCACUGAUAUGCAGCAGAAGCUGGCCCUACCAGACACCACUAAGCAACAAACGUGUGACUGUUUAUGUCGGGCCGUGUACUGUGAACUUAUGGGCUACGAUUUGUCGUGUGUCUACAUACACGCUGUCAAACUGGCACAGCAGGGCACAGGAUUUGAGAAAAGACUUGGUUACCUGGUUUGUUCUUUGUUCCUGAACGAGAACCAUGAAUUAAUCUUACUCCUUAUCAACACAAUACAGAAGGAUUUGAACAGCAGCAAUAUCUUAGACAACUGUGUAGCUUUGACUGUGAUCUGCCAACUGGUCAAUUCUGAGAUGAUCCCUAGUGUGUUGCCACUUGUGCAGGAAAAAUUGAAACAUCCAAGAGAGCUGGUGCGGAUGAAGGCUGCAAUGUGUGUCCACCAAUUUCUGCUGAAGACGCCAUCAAUGGUGAACCAUUUUCAAGAUCACUUCCAGAGAAUUUUGUUUGACAAAGAUCCGGGUGUCAUGUCUGUUGGGGUGAAGAUCUAUUCUGUCCUUAUACAGCAUGACCAGAGUCAGUUCCCAAAGUUAGCCGAGAAUUUGAUAGGAAUCCUUAGUCAGUUGGUCAGUAAGAGGUUGCCGUUGGAGUUCGAGUUCCACAAUGUCCCGAUGCCCUGGCUCCAGAUGGACAUCCUGCGGACACUGGCCAAGCUUGGGUCAGGUAAUAAACAACAAAGUGAGCUGAUGUACCCUGUUCUGAAGGAGGUCAUACAGCGACUAGAUAUGAAAGAGCGAAUAGCUUAUGCAAUCCUGUAUGAAUGUAUUGUCACCAUCAGCACCAUCUACCCAAAUGAGGAACUUCAAAGGGAGGCAACUACAUGUGUCAGUCGCUUCAUCAGAUCAACCAACUAUAGCCUCAAAUAUAUAGGUAUAAAGGCACUAACAGCUCUAGUGAAAUGUUGUCCUGAAUCAGCACUGGAACAUCAAAUGACUGUAGUAGAGCUUCUGGAUGAUAAAGAUCAGGCAAUCCAAAGCAAGACCCUGGAGCUACUGUACUGUAUGACUAACCCAAGUAAUGUCCAGGUUGUGUGUGACCGACUGUUACAUCACCUCAGCCUCAACACCACCAAUAACUUUCUACAACUUGACCUUUCCACCAAGGUCUUCCAGCUGGCAGACAAAUUUUCUAGUUCUAGCCAGUGGUAUGUUGACAUGGUAUACAGACUUUUGUCCUCGUGUAAAGCAGCUCUUCCAAGCUCACUGAUUGAUAAAGUUAUCGCCGUCAUUGAGAAAGAAUGUGAGACGGACAACAACGGUCACAAAUCCCAAGAGGUGACAGAGUUCCAACAGUACCUACUUAAAAAGUCUCUCGGAACACUGUACCAGGACAGCCUGUCCUCGCAACUCAUCCUGGUGUCGGUGUGGAUUUUGGGAGAAUGUGGAAAUCUUCUGAAAAACAUGCCAAGUGAAAAAGUUAUCUCCCUUCUUUUCAAACACUUCCAAAAAAAGACACUAGAUGUCAGCACAAAACUGUGGAUGACAUCAUCCCUAACAAAGCUUGUCUGUGCCAAAGUUUUGGACAGAGAUGUAGUUACAAAAAGACUGGCAGAGGCGAGGGAGGAGGAGAAGGAUGCAGUGGUCAAGCAGAAAUUGACUCAGACGUUAAACAUAGCACAGAGCCAAAUUGACCUAUUUUUGCCAACCAUGACUUCUAGCCGUGCCAAACAACUGAAUGGGAUGGAUUUCACACUAAGUUUCCUGGAUGACUAUGUGAGUCAGUCUCUAACAGAAGGAGCCCAGCCAUACAAGGCAAAGACUUUACGGUGUCAGCCUCAGCAGCCAGAAUCAGAUCUAUUCCGUGGAUUGAAUGGUGUGGCCAAGGACACCACAGAAAAUGUUGCCAAGGAAACCUUGUCGCAGGGGUCAACUGGGAAACAUACUGGAGGAUCAGAGGGAGGCAGCGACCUCUCUGGAGGUCAAAGGGAGAGUAGGCUCAACAUGGAAGGAGUGAAACGUGUGUGGGGUAAAAAGGGUUUAAUAUCCGAUCCCGAACCUGACCCGCCAAUGUCAAGGUCAACACAGAGAAAAGAUGACCAGGAUAUUCCAAACUCUAUUGGGAAUAUGGAGAUGGAGGCGGAGGACGACAAAGCCAAAAAGUUAGAGUUAGCAUCAGCUUUGUUCAGUGGAAUCACUUCUCCGAAUAAACAGCAUUCUCGAGUUGACGAUCAGAAAACACUGGAGUCAUCGUCACUACUGGACUCUCGUUCCCAAGGAAGUGAAGACUCGGGAAGUUCCUCUCGCGAGGCAAUGUCACCAAAAUCCCUGCCCACCGACGACACUGGGGGCUGGAGAUCUCUACACAAACAAACAACUUCAGUCACUGAAAAUACUCCGUCACCAUCCAUUGAAACUGGUACUAAAUCCUCAACCCCUAGUGUUAACAGCCAUGAAAGUCUGAUUGGUCAAAACAUUUCAUCGACAGGAUUUCAUGGAGUUGCUGAAUCAACUAUGACAAAUGCGUCUGAUCUCGAUACAGACUUGACAGCAUCUUUGUAUGCAGAAGGGAGAGAUGAUUUACUGUCGGACAUAAGUGCAAUAAUGAAUUCUCCCCAUCAGUGGGGUCAGGCUAUUAAUAGAGACGCCAGUUUCUGUAACCUAGACGAACGACCCUGUUUACCGGGGUCAACAAGUGCACAUAGCCUCUAUGAUGUUUUAUCUCCAGAAAACGGUAAUGGUCAGUUUGCUGGCAUGGAGACUCGAGAUGAGAAACAGUUGACGGACACGGAUACUUCAGAAACUUUGUAUGAUGAAUAUACUGAUCAAGCAUAAUUCCUAAAUUAAAACUUAAUACAACCGUAAACAA